UUGGAUGACAAGGUGACACCAAGAGCAAUGAAUUCUUUCACACUAACCCUGACUGUGCUCAUAGCAACAUUCUCUGCUGCGCAGGCGCUGAGAUGUCACACCUGCACCAGCAUCCACCCGGACCAGCCGUCCUGUGCCAAGUCAGAGGUGACGGAGGAGGAAUGUGGAGGGAUUUUCACUUACUGCGCCAAAAUUAAGAUGCACGCGCCAGCUUACGGUGAGGUUUUAAAAUGUGCAACGGAGCGCGAGUGUAACAGCGCCAUCCCGCCCCAGGUGGAGCGAAGCUGCUGCACCACGGAUCUGUGUAACUAGCCAGGCGCCGCCUCCACCGCCUGCUGCCCGCCUGGGCUGCUGUUAUCUUUGAACACGAUCACAUGUAGUUGUUUGGAAAGGAUUUGUACUUGACUUGGCAUUCCUCAGUGAACUGAAAUUAGAAUCAGAUUAAUGCUUUGCUACUGAACUUAAUUAAAAUAAAAAAUACAUACAUUUUGUUACUAAAAAUGAAUUAAAAUCAACAUAUAUCAUAUUACUGCAUUGUUGGGACUGGCGAUUAUGAAUGUUCUGGGAAAAAAAUCGACAUUAUUGUCAGUCAAGACCGUUUCAAUAAAAGCAGUUCAGAAACA